AUGUCGAGCAUACUGAUGCCACAUUCACUGUUUACAACUUUUUUCAGCACAUCAGGUUCAACUGGUGUAGCAGAUAUUCCGGAUAUUUUGGCUCAAACAGAGCAUGGAUGUCGUGUAUUAAUUGAUGGUCACUCACUACGUGAAGUCCUUAAUAGCGUUGACACAUAUGAUGCUAAACUUGAUCUCGUGCAAGAUCUUAUCAGACAGCUUAAAGCUGUUAAAGAACGUUUGAGUUGUGGUGAUAUACAGAUCGGUAAAGAAGAUAUUGAGGAGACAAGUCUUAAGGAUACGGACGAAUUAGUCACAGAAGCUAAGGAGCAAAAUUGCUUACAAAAUAUGUCGGCAGACAAUUUAGACGAACUGAUGCUGCGACAGCAAUAUCUUAUUCAGCAACAACAAAAUCAGCAACGGUUGCUUGCUAUGGCAUCAGCACUUCAUGCUGCACAACAUUCAAGUAGUGUGCGAUUAGGAUUUAUGCUACCUCCUGCAACAACAUACGGUCAAUUUUUGAAUGGAACAGUACUUGGAAGUGAUUGUAAUGCUCUAUCAGCAGCAACAGUACUUUCUCAAGGUGUUAGUAAUGGAGGAAAUAAUGUUAUCAGUCAUUUGGGAACAAAUGCAAUUGAUUGUAAUGAUCGAAGUGGUUGUGAGACACCACUCAAUUUGAGUAAAGUUAAACUGGAAAGUUCCACAGAUUUUUCCAAAUCGCGUAAGGUAUCACUGGUUAAUAGUAACAGCAGUUCAAAAGUAUCCAACUCAUCUUCUGAACAACAACUCAACCGAUUACCAUGUUCUUCGAUCUCUUUCGCUUCAGAAACAUCAGCUUUUACAAGUCAUUCUCCUGCUUCCUCAGGCGAAAGCGCCACCGGAAAUGCAAUGCUUUCUGAUAGUGUUCCGACACGGAUCCCAGCUAAAUCACCAAAUCACAUUAAACGUCCAAUGAAUGCGUUUAUGGUAUGGGCACGUGAUGAGCGAAGAAAAAUCUUGAAAGCUUGUCCAGAUAUGCAUAAUAGUAAUAUAUCGAAAAUACUUGGGUCACGAUGGAAAGCUAUGUCAAACAUUGAGAAGCAACCAUAUUAUGAGGAGCAGUCUCGGCUGAGCAAAUUACAUAUGGAACAACAUCCAGAUUAUCGCUAUAGGCCGAGGCCAAAACGAACAUGUGUAGUUGAUGGAAGGAGAGUGCGUAUUCAUGAAUAUAAGAAUUUAAUGAGGAAUAAAACAACAGGAAGUGUAAGUAAUACUGUUGGACGUUCGGUUGCUAAUAGUGAAUGGAAUAAUGACUUAGAUCAAUGUAUACCAUCCAUGAGCCCUGGAUCAAGCUCAAGUCAGCCUUCAACUGUUACCAGCAGUAAUUUAUCGUCUUCUGCAUCAGUAGUGGCUCUUGUUGAUGGUAAUAAUGUUGAUACUACGCCCUCGAGGCCGUUUCCAUCUGUUGAAUUUACAAGCCUUAAUGGUGCAACAUUACUUGCUGAUAUAUCUCAUCAUCACCACCAUCAUCAUCAUCACCAUCGCCAAAUGUUACAAACCGCUGAAUAG